AUGGCGAAGAUCGAUGUUCAUGCUCACUUCCUGCCACCGUUUUACAGCGAAGCAUGCCGAGAUUUUGGUCACGCAAAGCCUGAUGGCAUGCCUACUCUUCCGGAGUGGUCUGCGAGCGAGCACUUGGGGUUCAUGCAAGCAAACGGCAUCACAAAGUCGAUCCUCAGUAUCAGCAGUCCUGGAGUGCAUAUCAAGAACACUGAUGAUGCCUUCAAUCGUUCUCUUGCUCGGGACUGCAACGAUUAUGCCAGCGAGCUGUGUUCUCUGUAUCCCGAGAAGUUUGGUUUCUGGGCGAGCCUUCCACUACCUGAUUUGAUGGGUACAAUUGAAGAGAUUGAUCGUGUGGUGAACACGCUCGAUGAUGCUGUUGGGUUUUGUGUCAGUACGAACCACCAUGGAAUCUAUUUGGGCGACUCAGCGUUUGACAAGGUGAUGGAGAAAUUAAAUGCAGUCCAAGCAACGGUCUUUAUCCAUCCGACCAGUCCCUGUAUACGGCACAACCAUACCAAGCUACAGCAGGAUGGCCAAGCAUCCAGCGACUCGGUGCGCUCAACACUGCAUCCUCUUCCGCAGUUCCCUAACCCUAUGCUCGAGUUCAUGUUCGAGACGACGCGUUCGGUAAUCAAUCUCCUACACUCCGGCACUGUCACAGAAUAUCCGGACAUAGUCUUCGUCGUUCCGCACGCCGGAGCAGUUCUGCCUCCUAUUCUGGCACGUUUUUCUGCCUUUUCAGCAGCUGUCUGCCCACCCCAACUGCGUGGAGUGGACCUGAGCAUCGACGCCCUCAAACUGGCCUUACAGAAACGCUUCUACUUUGAUCUAGCCGGAGCGCCAUUCCCUGAUCAACUGGCAGGCUUGCUCAAUGUGGUGCAACCGUACACCUUGCUUUACGGGAGUGAUUAUCCCUUUACGCCCGCGGAGGGCGUUUCGAUCCUCUCCAGACUCAUGGAACGUGGCUUAAGGGACAUGUUCCCAGGCAAUGACGAAGCGAUCGAUGCCAUCCUUUUCGGGAACGCCGAGCGGCUUCUUCAACGGAAGAUGACUGUGCGCUAA